CGAGACCACCUGUCAAACAUCGGUCAGAAGCAGAACUCAAUAAUGACAGUUUGAAUUGUUUUGGCGAUAUCAAAACACGAAUAAACAAAUUGAUAAGCCAACGCGAAACCAACAAACCGAUACGUGUCAAUGAAAAGGCGCGAAAGAUAAUCCUCUUCAACUCCACCGCAUUCCGAAACGAUGUUAAAAGCCGUCAUUCUAAUAGGGGGCCCUCAAAAAGGUACGAGAUUCAGGCCGCUGUCCCUCGACAUCCCGAAACCCCUCUUUCCCAUAGCCGGUCUACCGUUGGUACAGCACCUGAUCGAAGCAUGCGUGGCCAACGAAGGACUCUCCGAAAUCCUUCUGAUAGGAUUCUACCCUUCGGCGCAAAUCCAACCAUUCGCCAACGAGAUGCAGCAAAUCUACAACGUCACCAUCAAGUACCUCCAGGAAUUCACCGCAUUGGGCACGGCCGGCGGGCUGUACCACUUUCGCGACCAAAUCCGCUUCGGGAACCCCGAAGGGUUCUUCCUGAUGAACGGCGACGUGUGCUCCGACUUCCCCCUGAAGGAGCUCUACGAGUUCCACAAACAGAAGAAAGCCCUGGUCACGAUCAUGGGCACGGAGGCCACCAGACACCAAUCGUUGAACUACGGUUGCAUCGUAACUAACAGAGAGACCAACGAGAUGACCCACUACGUGGAGAAACCCAGCUCGUACGUGUCCACGUUGAUCAAUUGCGGGGUGUACGUGUGCUCGCCGGACAUAUUCCAUACCAUCGGUGCGGUCAACAACGAGCUGCAAGAACGCUACAGAAACGGCUACAUGAACGGCACGAGAGAGGCCGGUUACAUCCAGCUGGAACAAGAGAUCCUGGCGCCUCUGGCGGGUACCGGCCAAAUCUUCGUACUGCCUGUCGUCAAUUGGUGGUCGCAAAUCAAGUCGGCCGGUUCGGCCAUUUACGCCAACAGGCAUUACUUGCAACUGUACAAAACGAAAUUCCCCGAACGAUUGGCCCGGUCGAAGGGACAAGGGGAGACUUGUACGAUUUAUCCGGACGUGCACGUCGAUCCGACGGCUGUCAUUCAUCCGUCCGCUGUGCUGGGGCCGAACGUGAGCGUCGGGCCGGGCGCGACGGUGGGCGCCGGGACGCGGCUCAAAGAGAGCAUCGUCCUGCGCGACGCCUCCAUCGACGAUCGCAGUCUGGUGAUGCACAGCAUCAUCGGCAGGGGAUCGCACGUGGGACGAUGGACGAGGGUGGAGGGCACCCCGUCGGAUCCGGAUCCGAAUAAGCCCUUUACCAAGAUGGAGAAUCCGCCGUUGUUUAAUAAGGAUGGACGGUUGAAUCCUUCGAUUACUAUCGUCGGUUGUUCCGUAAGCGUACCGUCCGAAACGAUUCUGCUCAAUUCCAUUGUAUUGCCAAAUAAAGAACUGUCGAGGAGCAUCAAAAACGAAAUAAUAUUGUAAAUAAAUUAAAUAUGAUGUUUUAUUUAUUUAUGUAUAUGAAGCACAAAGUGACUGAAACGAUAUAAAAUUUUAUUUAUAGAUUAAAAAUCUAGUUAUCU